AUGGAGUUCCCGCAACAGCAGAAACCUGCGGGGGAAGGAAAAAUCAUAUAUCCUCCCGGAGUGAAGGAGAUUACGGACAAAAUCAGCAACGAUGAGGUGGUCAAACGGUUGAAGAUGGUGGUGAAAACCUACAUGGACAUGGACCAAGACUCUGAAGAGGAGAAGCAGCAGUAUCUUGGCCUGGCGCUCCACCUUGCUUCAGAAUUCUUCCUCAGGAACCCCAAUAAAGAUGUAAGGCUACUGGUGGCCUGCUGCCUGGCGGACAUCUUCAGGAUCUAUGCUCCCGAGGCCCCCUACACCUCCCACGACAAACUCAAGGACAUCUUUCUGUUCAUCACCAGACAGCUAAAGGGACUGGAAGACACAAAGAGCCCUCAGUUCAACAGAUACUUUUACCUGCUGGAGAACCUUGCGUGGGUGAAGUCAUACAACAUAUGCUUUGAACUGGAGGACUGCAAUGAGAUCUUCAUACAGCUUUUCAAAACACUCUUCUCGGUCAUCAAUAACAGCCAUAACCAGAAGGUGCAGAUGCACAUGAUAGACCUGAUGAGCUCUAUCAUCAUGGAGGGGGACGGAGUCACACAGGAACUUCUGGAUACCAUCCUCAUUAACCUCAUUCCUGCACACAAGAAUCUGAACAAGCAAGCGUACGAUCUUGCCAAGACUCUGCUGAAGAGGACCGUCCAGACCAUUGAGACAUGCAUUGCUAACUUCUUUAAUCAGGUUUUAGUGAUGGGCAAGUCAUCAGUCAGUGACCUAUCAGAGCACGUAUUUGACCUCAUCCAGGAACUGUUUGCUAUCGACCCUAUGCUGCUUACCUCUGUCAUGCCACAGCUGGAAUUUAAACUUAAGAGCAAUGACGGAGAGGAGCGUCUAGCUGUUGUACGGUUGCUAGCUAAGUUGUUUGGGGCCAAAGACUCAGAGCUGGCCUCACAGAACAGACCGUUGUGGCAGUGCUUCUUAGGACGGUUCAAUGACAUCCACGUUCCAGUCAGGCUAGAGUGUGUAAAGUUUGCCAGCCACUGCCUCAUGAACCACCCAGACCUGGCCAGAGACCUAACUGAGUAUUUGAAGGUGCGCUCCCAUGACCCAGAGGAAGCCAUCCGUCAUGAUGUCAUCGUCACCAUUAUAAACGCCGGGAAGAAAGACCUUAACUUGGUCAAUGACCAACUUUUGGGCUUUGUACGGGAAAGGACCUUAGACAAGAGGUGGCGUGUGCGUAAGGAGGCCAUGAUGGGCCUUGCUCAGCUUUUUAAGAAAUACUGUCUGCACCAUGAGGCCGGGAAAGAGUCUGCCCUGAAGAUCAGCUGGAUCAAAGACAAACUGCUGCACAUCUACUAUCAGAACAGCAUUGAUGACAAGUUAUUAGUAGAGAAGAUCUUCGCACAGUACAUGGUCCCUCACAGUCUUGACACAGAGGAGAAGAUGAAGUGUCUGUACUACCUGUAUGCCUGCCUGGACACAAACGCUGUCAAGGCCCUGAAUGAGAUGUGGAAGUGUCAGAACAUGCUCAGAAGCCUCGUCAAAGAGCUACUUGACCUCCACAAGCUGCCAGUGUCCGAGGCUAAUAACACUGCCAUGUUUGGGAAGCUGAUGAGUAUUGCCAAGAAUCUGCCAGAUGCUGGAAAGGCCCAGGACUUCAUGAAGAAGUUCAACCAGGUUCUGGGUGAGGACGAGAAGCUCAGAGUUCAGCUGGAGAUGCUCAUCAGCCCGACCUGCUCCUGCAAACAGGCUGAGAUCUGUGUGAGGGAGAUUACUCGGAAGUUGACGUUCCCCAAACAGCCCACCAACCCGUUCUUGGAGAUGGUGAAGUUCCUGCUGGAGCGCAUCGCCCCCGUCCACAUCGACUCUGAGGCCAUCAGUGCUCUGGUGAAGCUGCUGAACAAGUCCAUUGAGGGCACGGCUGAUGACGACGAGGAGGGCGUUACCCCUGACACAGCCAUCCGCUCUGGCCUGGAGCUACUCAAGGUCCUGUCGUUCACCCACCCCACAGCGUUCCACUCAGCAGAAACCUACGAGUCUCUGCUGCAGUGUUUGAAGAUGGAGGAUGAAAAAGUGGCAGAGGCAGCCAUCCAGAUAUUCCGAAACACAGGGCAGAAGAUUGAGACAGAGCUACAACAGAUAAGAUCGACUCUGAUUCCCGUCCUGCAUCAGAAAGCCAAGCGGGGAACACCUCACCAGGCCAAGCAGGCCGUCCACUGUAUCCACGCCAUCUUUAAUAACAAGGAAGUGCAGCUGGCACAGAUUUUUGAGCCUCUGUCACGUAGUCUGAAUGCAGAUGUCCCAGAGCAGCUCAUUACUCCUCUGGUGUCCCUGGGCCACAUCUCCAUGCUGGCCCCAGAUCAGUUUGCUUCACCAAUGAAGUCCAUUGUGGCUAACUUCAUUGUCAAGGACUUGCUCAUGAAUGACAGGUCAGUGGGCAACAAGAAUGGAAAGCUGUGGACCACUGAUGAGGAAGUUUCGCCUGAGGUCCUAGCUAAGGUGCAGGCCAUCAAGCUGCUAGUGCGUUGGUUACUAGGAAUGAAGAACAACCAAUCCAAGUCAGCAAACUCCACCCUUCGCCUACUGUCAGCUAUGCUGGUCAGCGAGGGAGACCUCACAGAGCAGAAGAAGAUCAGUAAGUCAGACAUGUCUCGUCUGAGGCUUGCCGCAGGUGGAGCCAUAAUGAAGUUGGCCCAGGAGCCCUGUUACCAUGACAUCAUCACACCUGAACAGUUUCAGCUCUGCGGCCUCGUCAUCAACGACGAGUGCUACCAGGUUCGUCAAAUCUUUGCUCAGAAGUUGCACCUGGCUCUCGUCAAACUGGUGCUGCCCCUGGAGUACCUCGCCGUCUUCGCCCUGUGUGCCAAGGACCCAGUGAAGGAGCGCCGUGCCCAUGCCCGGCAGUGCCUCCUCAAAAACAUUUCUGUCCGCAGAGAGUUCAUCAAACAAAAUCCUCUUGCUCAGGAAAAACUUGUCUCCCUCCUUCCUGAGUAUGUUGUUCCCUAUAUGAUCCACCUGCUGGCCCAUGACCCGGACUUCACAAAACCACAUGAAUAUGAACAGCUCAAAGACAUCAAAGAGUGCCUGUGGUUCAUGCUGGAAGUGUUGAUGACCAAGAAUGAGAACAACAGUCAUGCCUUUCUAAGGAAGAUGGUAGAGAACAUCAAACAGACCAAGGAUGCACAGUGCCUUGAUGAUGUAAAGGCCAAUGAGAAGAUGUAUAUUGUCUGUGAUGUGGCUCUCUUCGUUAUCGCCAACAAGAGUACUGCAUGUCACCUGGACUCUCCGAAAGACCCUGUUCUACCCUCCAAGUUCUUUAUCAUACAGGACAAGGACUUCAAAAAUGAUAAAGAGUAUCUGUCAACAGAGAUGAGACAAAUGCUGCUCACUGGAAAGCCUAAACCAGCUCCAGUGUUGGGAGCUGUGAACAAGCCUCUGACGGUACCAGGGAGGAGGAUCUUCACCAAGACCACCACAGUCUCAGACACCAGUAACCCCAGCACCAACUCCUCCCCACUGAGCUCCUCAACUAUCAACAAAAACAGUAACAGCAAUGCUGCCACUGAGUCAUCAGAGCGCCAAACACAGGAAAACAACGAGAACCCAGUCAUCAAGAAUGAAGAGGGGAAGAAGGAGGAGCCAAGUCAGAUUGCAACCCCUGAUGCCGAGACAGAAGCGUCGCCCGUCAAACGACGUGGCCGUCCACCAAAAACUGCUGCUGCUGCUCCUGUGGCGGCUGAAAAAGAAGGAGCAACUGCAGCAACGGGAGGCGGAGCUGUCAGAGGAAGGAAGAGAGCAGCUGACCCCAACUCCAACCCACCGACAGAGUCAAUCAACAUCAAGAUGUCAAAACAGCAGCAGCAGAAUGACGAAGGGACAAAGAGACAGAUUGACUUGCAGAGGUGGUCGUUUGUGAGCACAGAGAAGGAAAAAGAGAGAAAGUGGGAGCCUGAAGAGGAGACAGGGAGAGCUGUAGGGACAUUUGCCCUCUUCCUGGGCAGCGAGGGCGACACUGAGAUAGAACUGGAGUCCAGUCCAGAAAUGGUUAUCUGUGGCAGAAAUGACAGAGAGGAAUACCCCCUCGAGCAAGGGCAGAGCAGCUGUGCAGCCUGGUCCGACACAUCUAGCCAGGGAGAUACCAAGUCUACAAGGAGAGGAGUUCCUUCUGGCAGGCAGGGAGAGCCCAACAGUGGGCUGGCAGUAAAGAGGAAACCGGUGAAGGUGAAAUCAAGACUGUAGAGAACGGGCCAGACACUUCCUCAUUGCUCCUCGACCCUACAUACACGCUCCUCUGACUCUAAAGCUUUCCUGGACACAUUAUGGACCUUUCUUAAAACACACAAAUGUACACACAAACCACUGACAUCCUAGAAGGUUUUAAGUACCUUAUAGUCUUGAUUUGAAACUCAUUGUAUGUAGGUCUUACUCAAAAAACAUGAUUUUUUUUUUUCUUUGUGUUUGUUGCUCUUUGCUUCUUUUGCGGAGCCAUUUUAAAAAAAAUAAAAAAUAAAUAGAUAAAUAAAAAAAACCACAACAGGAUGGACAUUUUACAAACAUUUUAAUCUAAUUCUGAUUGUUGCUUAUUAAAUUCCCUGGGGAAAAUCCUACUGUAUGUCUCCUGACCUCUUCCUCCUUAUGUCUCUGUUGCACCUUUUUUAUUUUUUUAUUUUGAGCUUACCUGUUUUACUUACACAGUUGUAUUUUGUAAAUACUCAUUGCAGUUAAACAUUUUUUUAAUAUCCAAGAUCGUUUGCGGAAACAUUGCUGAAAAUGGCUGUAAUAUGGAACAUCAUAGCAUAAGAUUUGUGCAUUUAACAGAUGUACCGACACCAAAAUUUUAUAAACUUUGGUAUGUUUAGGUUUCUAACUUUGGGGUGUUGAGAUACUUUGGCUUGUUUAUAGCAUCACAAGGCCCAGUAGAAACUCUCUGGCUUUUUAACUGCCACCUGUAAUGGUUUUAAAGGCCUUUUGAUUUCCAGCGUGUCAAUGGACAAAUUCAACUUGUCAAACAUUUGUGUUUGGAAACUGUGCUCCAGGCUCGCCGAGACUGGUCUGGGGCUCUGAAAUCCAGCUGGGUUUGAAUUACCGUUUGUUUUUUACUGCUGAAGUAUGAAAUAAUACUUCCCUUUGGAAUUCAUAAAUGAUAUAUUACUAUACAAGUAGUAUGUGUUCAGGUUUUUGUUCAUCUCUUUCAAUUAAAUAUUUUUUGUACUUUUUGUCAGUUAUUUUGCUGGGUAAAUCCGGCUUUUAAGCAUUGGGUGAGUGGAAACCUUGCGGGCUGUGUUGACAACUUAAGUUUGAUGUAGUUAAAGUAUGCCUAUUUUCAUGAUCAUAUUUAAUUUUUUUUUUUCCAGAAAAUAAAUGCUUUUAGAUGUUA